AACGAGGAACUCAUGGCGAUGAAAUGAGAAGCAGAGGGUAUAGGCCUUAGUGAAGGGCAAAAGUGUACACAUCCAUCUGUUUAAGAUUGACUCUUUUGGGAUCUGGGGCUAGUUAUCUUUGGAUUUGUAUGCAGUGGGGAAGCAAGAUUUCUAAUCAUUUCUCUGGAAAGCUCUGACAUCAAACCCUUGAUCCUUGAUUUUUUUAUCUCUUUUCUGAGUAAAUUUCAUCUCCCCAACCCUACUUGUCUUCACUGCAACUUUGAAGAUAAGUAUUGGGGAAAAGAAUAAAAGAAAAAAAAAAGCAGUUGAAAUUAGGGGCAGUAGUGAAGGGAAUGGGGGUUAGGAGAAUGAGAGUCAGGGUCAGAGGGCAGGUGUGAUUGACUCUGUCCUUUUUCAGUUAAUGUAUAAUGAGACAGGGGGAGAAAACAACCCAGAGCCCAGAAUGGCCCUCCUGGUUGCUGAUCAAUGAGCAUACCCUUCCCCCAAUAAAAACAAAUUCAGAAAACAGCCUCUGCCCUUCCUCUCUCAGUUGGAGAGCUCUGGCAGGAAAAGACACAAGAGGCUCCUGCUAGGAUAAGGGUUGAAUAUACCUGGUCAUCUGACUGCCUUAUCAGUUCAAGGCAGUGGUCAGCCAAUAUUGAAUUAGCAGGGGCCAUAGAAUACCUAUGGCCAAGGUCCUGGCCCUUGUCCCAGCCCUAAUUAAGGGGAGGGGGGGUUACAUUCCUAGGUCCAAAGCAUUUCAGUAGAAUUAGCUAACUAGAUACCAGAAGCAUUUGUAUCUUCCGCCCUAUUGCCCUCAAAGUUUGCUCCCUAGGUAUGUGGAACAUUCCUGAAAGAUGGGAGGGAGUGGUGGGAGCUAGUGAGGAAGGUAGGGAACAAAGGCUAAAAAAUUUUAUUCCGUUUUCAAUUAUUCCCCAGUAGAGCUCAUAGUUCUUGAGUGUAGUCUAUUGCUUGCCCCUGGCCCUAAGGCAGAGCACAUUUGUGGUCUGGAAACUUAUUCCUAGGUUUUAUUUGUUCACCCUGCCUGAAAACUCAAAGAAAGAAGGAUUAACAAUAGAGGUACCUGUUUUUGUUGUUAUUUUGGGGGACGUGUACCAGGGGCGCUUAACUACUGAACCACAUUCCCAGCCCUUUUUUGUGUUUUAUUUAGAUACAGGCCUCACUGAGUUGCUUAGGGCUUCACUAAGUUUCUGAGCUGGUUUUGAAUUUGCGAUCCUCCUGCCUCAGACUCCCAAGCCGCUGGGCUUAGAUGGUAUUUUAAGGAAUAGUUCUGCCCAGAGCCUGCUCCUCUACCCCAAACGUUUUGUCACACACCCAUUUCCUUUCUACCGAGAGCGGACACUCCUGAGAGGUGUAGACCUCUAGAAGAUGAGGGGGUUUGUGUCUGGGGAAGAGCUGUGCUUAUGUGUCAUUUAGAGGCGGGCUGUGGAGGGCUGUGGAUUCAAUGGGGAUGUGGGGCAUGAUAUGAACUAGGUUCGAAAGAAGUCUUCAGGGACAUUCCUUCAUCAUUCAUCACUAAACACAAAAUCUGAGUUGGGUGUGGUGGCGCACGUUUGUAAUCACAGCUACUCCAGAGGCUAAGAUUGGAGGAUCACAAGUUCAGCUUCGGCAACUAAUCGAGUCCUAUCUCAAAAAAAGUAAAAAAAAAAAAAAAAAGGUUGGGGAUGUAGUUCAGUGGUAGAGCUCCCGGGGGUUCAAUCCCCAGUACCAAAAAUAAAACAGCCUCCAGGCUGUAGUUUCACUUUUUUCGUGGCUGGUGCAAGGAGUUUCAGUGACCCAAGCGACAAGAUACUCCCUCUAGUGGUUUGAACGUUCACAGGUUUAUCUCGACCUUGGAGAGGCAGGGCAAUCUAAGGCCUUCUGCAGAAGUCUAAGGAACCACCAAUCAAAUCCCGCUGGCCUCUGCCCCGCCAGGGUGAAGCUCUCCCGCUAACAUGCCUGCCACUCUUUUGCUUCCUUCUUUCUCAUUGGCGACUAGGAGAUUGAAGUGCCUUUUUUCCCACCCAUUGGGCGGGACCGAAUUUGGAGAGGGUUGGGUCUUAGGUAGUUUCCUUUGCCCGGUUCCAAGAUGGCGCUCAUGGCCACUUCGGAAAUGCAACGUGAAGCCGAAGCUUUGCCAUUAACCAAGAUGGCUGCCCCCAUCAAGAUGACCGGGGUGUGCCGGGGGGAAAGGGACCGCAGGAUGGUCUGAGAUGGUAAGGGCUACUGUUCUAUUGCGGGCCUGUCCUCAGGGCGUGGGAAUGAAGAUUAGAAAGACUAGGAAUCCAGGACUAGCAUUCGAUCAUGUGGAAGUUUCUGAGACUGGGGAGCCUGAUGAUGGGGGGUGGGGCCCGUGGGGGGUAGAGGAAGCCAGAAUCCUUUCCCAGGCUAACCCGGGCCCCUCCCUGUCCUCUGGACUAAAAUGGGUAAUACUUUGGGCCUGGCACCGAUGGGGAGUUUGCCCCGCCGGAGCCCCCGCCGAGAGGAACCUCUACCCAACCCUGGGAGCUUCGAUGAGCUGCACCGGCUAUGCAAAGGUGGCUCACACUGUGCACAUGAGUGCCCUGGGCUUGCCUGGCUAUCACCUCCAUGCAGCCUAUGCAGGGGAUUGGCAGCUCAGCCCCACAGAGGUGUUCCCCACUGUGGUAGGGGAUAUGGACAGCAGUGGAAGUCUCAACGCCCAGGUCCUACUUCUGUUGGCAGAGCGGCUCCGAGCUAAGGCUGUCUUCCAGACACAACAGGCCAAGUUCCUGACAUGGCAGUUUGAUGGCGAGUAUCGAGGAGAUGACUACACAGCCACUCUGACCCUAGGAAAUCCUGACCUGAUUGGGGAAUCGGUGAUCAUGGUCGCUCACUUUCUGCAGAGCCUCACUCAUCGACUGGUGCUAGGAGGAGAGCUAGUUUAUCACCGGCGGCCGGGCGAAGAGGGGGCCAUCUUGACUCUGGCUGGGAAGUACUCGGCUGUACACUGGGUAGCUACAUUGAAUGUGGGAUCUGGCGGGGCCCAUGCAAGCUAUUACCACAGGGCAAAUGAACAGGUUCAGGUUGGAGUGGAGUUUGAGGCAAACACAAGGCUACAAGACACAACCUUCUCCUUUGGUUACCACCUGACUUUGCCCCAGGCCAACAUGGUGUUUAGAGGCUUGGUGGAUAGUAACUGGUGUGUAGGUGCUGUGCUGGAGAAGAAGAUGCCCCCGCUGCCCGUCACCUUGGCCCUUGGAGCCUUCCUUAAUCAUUGGCGCAACAGAUUCCAUUGUGGCUUCAGCAUCACUGUGGGCUGAGGUUGUCCCAGAGUCAGCCCCCACAGCUGGAACCUGAGUCAGGUGUCCUAGGGCCAGAGACAAGGCUCCUCUCCAGAGCCCACCUCGAUGGGUGACCUCUAGGUCCUAGGAGCAGAGUGGGGAACAGGACCAUACCCUUCUCAAAACUGGCGCUGCCACUGGGUCAGCUGAUAAGGCAGUGGUUUGAGGCUCCCACUUCUGCCACCAGCCCCAGUAUCAUCUUCCCCACGCUCUUGUUGCUCUGGACUAAGGGAGAAGGAUUAAGGAAUAUGUCUGGUUGAACUCCCCCCUUCAUUUCCAUCUUUGUUUUCCUCUGGAUUAAAGCCCCUAGCUCCUUCCUCUCCAGAGCAGAAAAGACUGCAUGGGAUUAGCUUCCCCAUCCUGUUUUCCCAUCCCAGAGGCUGAGAAAGUAGGGCUGAAGGGCUAAAUUUUGGGCAUUGAAAAAUGGGACCUACCCAUUCCCAGAAGUUUUACCUCUUAGCCUGAGGCUUCCUCUUCUUCAUCUUCUAUGCAUCCAAAGGACAACCUUAUCCCCACGGUCACCCCUAAGUACCCCAAUGAUCGCAUGAAGAGGCAUUUAUUGCUUUAGUCUUUCAUUACAAUCACUGAACUCCCUUUCUCCUCGUCCUAGCAAUUUCCCCUUUCCAGUCCAGUGUGUCCCAAGUGGGCUGGGGAAGGAGGCCAGGGUGGGGCUCAGCUGCAGAUCUCCUGGAGCAGUGGCAUCAUAGCAGAUAGUCCCUGUAUGCGCUGGAUUUGGUACCAGUAUGCGUUGUUAAUACUCCGGAGUUCAACCAACAGGCCCAGCAACUUUGCAUAUAGAAACCUUUGAAGGAAGUAGUGGGGUUACCAGGGAAGAGGAAGGAAAUAAGACAGCUAGAAGUCUUGUCCUGAGGCCCUGACCCACUGAAUUGACCCUCAGUGAAGCUAAGUCUGAAAUUUAGAGAAAAUCAUGCUCUGAUAUGAAAAUCUGUCAAAUGUUGAAAAGUC